GACACCGCGCAUGUGUUGAUCUGUGCUGCAGCAACGUGAAUCAGUUCCUUUCUGACCCCAGCGUUAAUCUGCAUUCACACUGAGGUUCCAAGGCUUUUCUUAACUGCUCGUUGCAUGUGUAUUUUGUCACUCGAGGAUUCGUUUCUCUGUGGUAGGUCUGUAGGCCCCUUCUAGGCUGUCGAACCGGACGCCGACACGCAAAAAAACAGACCCGGCUGUAUAAAUCGAGCUUUCCGACUCGCAUCGAUUUAGUUCUGCCUGAUCGCAUUCCGGCUCGCGUCCGUUCCUCCGUCUUGGAUUUAGAAUCACAGAGCCGCUACUGCCAGCGUGCGUAAUGUAUCGUGAAGAGGAAACACAGUAAAUAGACGGACAUGUCCAUCUGCAGAAAAGGGGAAACGAAGAUGGUGAUGACGGCUUCACCGAAGUCCACCUUCAGAUGCUCAAUAGCAAUGGCGAAACCUUCCCUCCCGCUGAAGCGGAUGCUCUGGGUGUUUAUUGUCUUUAGUCUCUCUCAAAGCUCCCUCCAGAAUGAUGACGACGAUGAGGUGUCUAACAAGACGUGGGUGCUGACGCCCAAAGUGUACGAGAGUGAUGUCACACAUAUCCUAAACAGCCUACUUGAUGGUUACGAUAACAAGCUCAGACCUGACAUUGGAGUCAAGCCAACAGUGAUCCACACCGACAUGUUUGUCAACAGCAUCGGCCCAGUAAAUGCCAUCAACAUGGAAUACACCAUCGACAUAUUUUUUGCUCAGACCUGGUACGACAGGAGGUUAAAAUUCAACAGCACGAUGAAAGUUCUUCGUCUCAACAGCAACAUGGUUGGGAAGAUAUGGAUCCCAGACACUUUUUUUCGGAAUUCAAAGAAAGCCGACGCCCAUUGGAUCACCACACCCAAUCGCAUGCUCAGGAUCUGGAAUGACGGAAGAAUACUCUAUACACUAAGGUUGACCAUUGAUGCCGAGUGCCAGCUGAAAUUAAACAACUUCCCAAUGGAUGAGCACUCCUGUCCCCUGGAGUUUUCAAGCUAUGGCUACCCCAAGGAGGAAAUAACCUACAGGUGGAAAAGGAGCUCAGUCGAGGUUGGGGACAUUCGCUCAUGGAGGCUUUACCAAUUUUCCUUCGUUGGCCUGAGGAACACAACUGAGACCGUCAGGACCGUUUCAGGUAUAUAAAACGUCUCUUAUUGAAAGAGC